AUGCCCACCACUCUAUCAAUGUUCAAGAGCAACACAACUCUUUGGGAUGGAUGGCUGCAAGCUUACAACACCCACGCCAUUGCUGUCCAAGGAAAUUUGGUUAUCACAACACUGAACAUGGACUUCAUUCCCGUGUUCCACCAUUUUGAAGAGGAAAACAUACAGGCUUGUGCAGAUGGUCGUUUUGGUCCGAUAGAUUGCUUUCAGUGGCCUCAAGCUUACAAUCACAUUUUUUGCAAUUCGACUUGCAUUCCUCGAAAGGAGGCAUUCCCUUCCCCACAUCCGCUACAUUGGGCUUGGUUCACUCCCACCCAAGAAGACUUCAAGCCAAUCCCAGGCAACUUGUUCCCUGUAGGCACACUCACAAUGGAUAAGGUUGAAGGCUUGGAUUCUCUUUGCAAAUUGGCAGAGAGGUGGGUGCAGGAUUGGAGAGCUAAUCAGCAAGGCAAGAAUGAUGCUGUUGUCAGUCGUGUCUUGUCCCUUCGACAUGGCAUCUCACAGUUGAAGAUGCAUCCCCUUACAUUCCGCAACCUUCUCAUGUUUGUGACUGAUGCCCAAUGGCUGUUUCUCGAGAUUUAUUCAUUCAUGGACUGGAUCCUCCUUGCUCAGCCUCAUAUCACUGCUGGUGACAGGACUGCUGUCAUCAACUCGGAGUGGAUGGGUGCCUUCACGCACAACAGCGACAUGUGCAACAAGCUGUGCAUUGCUGGUAUCCCUGUUUGCCCAUUUUACUCACCUGUCCUGAUCAAAUCAUCCUUGCAAUGCAGCCACAAUUGUCAGCUUCAUGUUCGCUGCCUCUAUGGGGGCACAACAUUCAGAGACCCCAAGCCAGGUCCUUCAUUGGGUCCUUUGUCGAGCAGCUUAUCUGCACCCAGUUCUUCUACUGCUGGGCCAUCCUCUCAACCAUCCAUUGCAGGCAAGGCCCUUCCAAAACAUCAUAACAAGAAGCACAGGCACCAGCCCUACGUCAAAGAUGCUUGGCCCACACACCACAACCAGUCAGGUGAAUCCAUUAGGGACAAAUGGAAAGAUCCUGAGAGCCCCUACUUCCCACCAUCAAUGCUUCAUUGGGAUGAUGCCCUCAAAAGAUGCAUCUGUUACGGUGAACCGUAG